GCCGUUCUGGAUGGGCUCGCUAGAGUCGUUGUUGUGGAAGCGGUGCAUUUACAGUGCAACAGUCAGCACAUUGAAAAUACCAAUAGGAAUACAAAACAAAGUCACAUUUACUGGUUUAAUUGUAUUGCAUUCAGUUGUAUCCAGGAAACAGCCUCCAACUAUGGACCCACACGGCGGCCGCCGGCUCGGCGCGCGGCCGCCCGCCGAGGAACCCAGCCCGCCGGCGUGCUGACCGGCCCAGCCAACGCCGCCGGUGACCCCGGACACCGCCUCCUCCGCGUCGCCCACACGCGCGCCACCUGCGCGCCGAGCCGCCCCCGGGCCCCGGCCGCACUGCUCCCGAAAGGAGGCGGCGGGCCGGGGCCGGGGCCCGGCAUGGAUGGCCGCGACUUCGCGCCGCCGCCGCAUCUGCUGUCGGAGCGCGGGAGCCUGGGCCACCGCAGCUCCGCCGCUGCUGCGCGCCUCGCCCCGGCCGGGCCCGCUGCACAGCCCCCGGCGCACUUCCAGCCCGGAAAGUACUUCCCGUCGCCGCUGCCCAUGGCUUCGCACACAGCCAGCAGCCGCCUGAUGGGGAGCUCUCCGGCCUCCUCUUUCAUGGGCAGUUUUCUCACCGGCAGCCUGGGCUCAGCGGCCUCCACGCACCCCAGUGGCCCCACCCCGUCCCCUUCAGAGCAGGCCUACCGCAGCUCCCACCCUGCCACCUCCCAGAUCUGGUUCUCCCACUCCCACGAAGCUCCAGGGUACCCCAGAUUUUCGGGGAGUCUGGCAUCCACCUUCCUACCCAUGAGCCACUUGGAUCACCAUGGAAACAGCAACGUUCUCUAUGGGCAACAUCGUUUCUAUGGAACCCAAAAAGAUAACUUCUACCUGCGCAACCUGCCCCCACAGCCCACUCUUCUGCCUGCCAACCACAACUUCCCCAGCGUGGCCCGGGCUGCCCCUGGCCACCCCAUUGGCUCCUGCAGCCACGACCGGGGUGAGGCCGGCCUCCUGCAGAAGGGCACCAAAGAGUGCGACCGCUUCCUCAUGGGCAAAGAGCUGGGCAGAGAGAAGGCUGGCAAGGCGGCAGAGGGCAAGGAGCGGCCGGCAGCGGAGGACGGUGGCAAGGAGCGCCAGAAGCUGGUGCUGCCCGUGCCGGCAGAUGGGCACUGCAAGGAAGGUGGCGCCGCACCCCGGGGCACCUGUGAGGGCCGCCCAAAGCACCUGACCUCCUGCCUGCUCAACACCAAGGUGCUCAAUGGCGACAUGGGCAAGGCUGCCCUGGCCAGCUGUGCAGGGGGUAUGCUGGCGCGGCCCGGCAUGGGUGUGGCGGCCUCUGGACGCUGCACCAAGGAGGCAGCCGGCCCCUCGGAGCCUGGGCCUGCUUUCAGCGAGUGCCUGGAGCGACGGCAAAUGCUGCACCACGCUGUGUCCUACACAGUGCCGUCUGGCCUGCCCGCUGGGCCACCCCCGCCCCUCAGCACAGCCACGGGCUCCUUCCCCUGCCUGCAGCUGCAUGGCAGCACGGACGGGCUCUGUCCACUGCAAGACAAAGUCCCUCGGGACCUAAAGGCCAGCGGGCCCACCUUCGUGCCUUCAGUGGGACACUUGGCCGACAAAAGCCGCCCCUUCCAGGCGGCCGAGGCCUGUGCUGUGGCAGGUGAGGGCAAAGAUCGGCACCUGGAUGGGGCCAUGGCCCCUGACCAUGCUGCACCCUACGGGGUCUCCUAUGCCCAGCUGAAGGCGGAGGGCAAGGGUGAGCGGCGGCCUGGGGUCUUCGAGGCGGCCCUCAACCCCCGGCUCAAGGGCCUGGAGUACCUCAACAGUGUGGGCCCUGAGGCCCCCUUCCCCGGGCUCCCCAAAGGCAGUCUGGACAAAAGUGGCUACUUCGAGUUGCCCACCCCCUUGCAGGACUGUGCCCGGCCAGGUCACCAGGACCCGUUGGGCGGGAAGGUCACCCAGGCCUGCUGCACUUUAGACAAGACUGCCAGCAAGGAGGCCCCCGCGGGUCCCCCUGGGGCCCAGAAGGUGGCCCGGAUCCGGCAUCAGCAGCACUUGGUGGCUCCUGAGGUGGAGCCAGGGGGCAAUGGGGCCGAGGCCAAGCGCAAGUCCCUGGAGCUGGCAUCUCUGGGUUACAGUGGGCCCCACCUACCCCCGUGGAGCGUCCAGUCAGGCCAGGGAGCCACCAUGGCCAUUGGUGAGGAGCGCAAGGGCAGCGCCUACCUGGACCCCUUCGGCGGCAGCCUGCAGCAGGCGGCUCUCCUGUCCCAGGACCUGCCCACCCCACCCGACGAAGUCUCAGCCAUGCAAAACCUGCUCAAGUACAGCAACCAAGCGCUGGUUGUCAGUCAGAAGGCACCCUUUGUGGGCCUGGGUGGCCUCAAGGCCAGCUGCGCCCAGCAGGACGUGAAGUUCCCAGCCUCCAAGGGCCCAUGCCAGGCCCCUGGCGAGGUAGAGAGGCCCAACUGUGCCCGGAGCCGGGAACACGACGCCCCACACAGCGAUGGAGAGGUGCGGCAGCCACCUGUGGGCAUCGCAGUGGCCUUGGCCCGGCAGAAGGACACGGUGAGCCGACCUGAGACGGCCUAUGGUGCCAGUGCUGGGCGGCAGGGCCAGGCAGCCCCCACCUUCAAAGCUGGUGGUGGGCCCCGCUCCACCCACGCGCUGGACCUGGAGGCUGAGGAGGAAAGGGCACGCCUGUGUGAGGACCGCCUGGGGCUCUCGGGCCGUGAGCUGCUGCUGCAGGACAACAAGGACCUUGUGGAAUUCUCCCGGAUCCACCCGUCAGGCAGCUGCCCCGGAGACCUGGCCCCUCACCUCAUGAUCGCCAGCGGCUCUUCCCUGCAGAGCAGCCAGCUGGGUGGGGACCCAGCCCCCCACCCCCACCCUGCCCACCCCUCCUGGCUGCCCCGCACCCGCAGCCCCUCCUUGUGGAUGGGAGGACAUUCCUAUGGCCUUGGGCACCCUGCCCUGCACCAGAACCUGCCCCCCGGCUUCCCUGCCUCUGUGCCCGGCUCCAUGCCCUCCGUCUUCCCCCUCUCCCAGGACACCCCCGCACAGCUAGUCAUCCUGCCCUCAGAGCCCACGCCACACCCCACGCCCCAUGCGCUUGCUGAUGUCAUGGACCAGGCCUCGCUAUGGCCCCCCAUGUAUGGGGGCCGGGGCCCCGCCUCCCACAUGCAGCACCCAGGCCAGCUCCCCGUCUACUCACGGUCCCAGUUCCUGCGACAGCAGGAGCUCUACGCCCUGCAGCAGCAGCAGCAACAGCAGCAACAGCGGGCUGCCCAGGCCCUGGAGCUACAGCGGGCCACCCAGUUCCAGCGGAAGCCCGAGGACCACCAUGUGGAGCUGGAGGAGCCCACCCAGGAGAAGGCCCUGAAGUCCACCCAUAAGCCAGUUGCCUUAACCCCCACGGCCAAGGGCGCCCCCUCACCCGCCACCACAGGCCCUGCCAAGCUGCCACCUUGCUGCCACUCGCCCACCCUGAAGCCCCCUGCCAGCUGCCCUGCACCGCCACCACGUCCCAGCGCCCCGUGCACUUUAUCCCUCUGCCCCACCGGCAGCCCCGGGCCUGGCUCCAAGCUAUCCAGUGCCGAGGACACAAGUGGGGAGGCCCGGCGGCCCAGAGCUGACCUCAGCACGUUGGAACCAGACCUGCCUCCCGGAUACACGUGCCCUGCGGCCGGCUCGGGCUUUUCUCUGCCCCCCAACAUGCACUCAUCUGACCUCUCGGACCCUGAAACUAUGCAAACCGCCUCCCCCGGGGCCCGGCCUGAGCCAGCAAGGACGUUCCCGCCUGGGGAGCCACCCCGCCGCAGCCCCCUGAGCCUAGAGGAGCCUGGGCUGCCCUCAGGGGCCAGGGAGGCCACCCAGGACCUUGCCGCCACCCCCUACCCUGCAGAGCAGGAAUCCCCGGGGAAGGCAGCAGACCCCAGCCCACUGGAAGGGCUGCGAGAAUUGCAAUUCGGGGCCCUCCUCAAGGGAGGGGUCCCUGAGGCCACUGGCUUGGCUAAUUCUACUCAGGGAGGGGCCCAAGAGGAGAGGACCAUGGAGGAGGGGAGAGCGGAGGGGAAGCAAAGGCCCUUGUCGGGGGCUGGCCCUCAGGCCCUGGAGCAGCAGGCGGGGAGCCCAGGCACCCUGGAGCCAGGCGAGGGGCAGGCCCCUGGUGAGGCAGAGCCAGAGGAUGAGGCCGAGUUCCAGGAGGACGAGCUGGAGGUGGAGGAGGAGGAGGAGGAUGGGGGGUCGACUCCCCACAGCAGUCACUUGCCCAGGAUGCGGCCAGGCCUGGAUGCCCUGGUGGCUGCCACCAUUAACCUGGGGGACCUGCCCAGUGUCGGCCCACUGGAUCCUCUGCCCCCCACUAUCCCUGGGCCGCCCAGCACAGCUCCCCUGCCCCAUAGCUCAGGGAUUCAUGGAAUCGCCCUGCUCAGCGAGCUGGCUGACCUCGAGAUCCAGCAGCGGAGGAGUGAGCCAGCCUUGCCAGAGGAGGAGGAUGUCCUGGCCUUCAACCUGCUGCGCCUGGCCACGCUGGCCUCAGCCUGGUCCCUGGUGGAGGCUGCUGGCCUGGACAGCCCGGCCUCCUCAGCCCAGCACCUUGCUGCCGACCCCUGCAGGGCUCCCACGCUCACCCCCCGCAUGCAGAUCCUGCAGCGCAAGGACACCUGGACCCCCAAGACCAAGCCUGUAUGCCCGCUGAAGGCCACCAUCGACCAGCUGGACACGCAAGAGGUGGAGAUGCGCAUGCAGCUGGCAGAGCUGCAGCGGCGCUACAAGGAGAAGCAGCGGGAGCUGGCUCGCCUGCAACGCAGGCAUGACCAUGAGAGAGAGGAGAGCUCGAGGAGUCCUGCAAGGCGAGGACCCGGCCGGCCGAGGAAGCGCAAAUACUCCAGCUUGCUGCCUACCCUGCGUGCCGGCGGCCAGCUCCCCAGGGGCGACAGCAAGAAAGUCAAGGCCGUGCGGUCCAGCCUGAGCCUGCUGUGUGCCGAGCUGCGGGGCGGUGGUGAUGAGCCCACAAAGAAGCGAAGCCGACUGGUAAAGGGCGUCCACGUGGGCCUGCAGCCUGCCUCUGUGGGUGCGCUCCUGCCCCUCCCCGUUCCAGGGUCCUGCAAGGGACAGGAAAAGGUUCGGUGCAAGAAGACCAGUAGUCAGGGCGAGCUGGCGUCUGCAGUUGCCCACAAGGUGGCCCAGCUGAAGCCAAAGGUCAAGAGCAAAGGGCUGCCCGCCAGCUUCAGCCCCUUCCAGCGGAAGGAGGCUGCCCCAGGCGGGAGAAUUCGGAAGAAGCUGUCCCGAGCCCAGAGCGCCACAGUGUCUGGGGCAGCCCGGCACCCACAGCCCAUCGUUGGCGACGGCGGCAGGGAGACACCCAAGUUCCCCGCCCAGCCAGCAGAGGCCACAGCACAUGAGGCAGGCAAUGGCUCUGACAGUGAGAACGGCGAGAGUCUCUCAGGAACAGAGACACCCCGCAAGGAGCCUGGGCUGGUGCUGCAUGCUGGGGCCAGCAUGGCCAUGCUGGGGCCCUCGCCCUCCUCCGUGGUCAAGAUGGAAGCCAACCAGAAGGCCAAGAAGAAGAAGGAGCGGCAGGGCUUGCUAGGUGAGCCGGCGGCAAGGGCGGCUGGGGUCAGCCUGGCCGGCAGCAACCUGGCAGCUGGGACCCCUGUGAUGGCCCCCCUCACUCCCACAGGGGCCUGCCACUUGUCCAGCCCAGAGAGUGAGGUCAAGAUCAAGAGGCGGACGGUGAAGGCCAAGGUGGGCACCAAGCUGGAGCGGGCCCCAGGGCGCAGGCCCCCAGGCGCGCCAGGCGAGAAGGCGGCCAAGGGCAAGGCCAAAGGCGGCCGGCGUGCAGAGCCGGGGGCCACCCCCAGCAGGGACACCCUCUUCAGCCCCACCCGGGCCUUCACCUGCCGCGAGGAGGGCAGCAAACUGGCCAGCGAGCGCCUCAAGAGAGCCACACGCAAGAGCACGAUGCUCCAGCCGGGACUACGGCGGAAGAAUGGGGCCCUCUCCAUCGCCCUGUCGCCCCGAAACGCCAAGGCCAUCCUGGGGAGGGGCAGGAAGGUGGCCAAGGUGAAAAGCAAGGCCGGCAGGAAGCAGGGCAAGGGCCGGGCGGUGAGCCGGCUGCUAGAGAGCUUCGCAGUGGAGGGCGACUUUGAGUUUGACGACAGCAGCAGCUUCUCAGAGGAGGAGGAGGGUGCCAGCGGCCGCCUGAGCGCAGAACAGAGCGCCGCCCUGGCGCGCUCGUGCACCAUCCACAAGGAGGACCUGCAGGACGGGCUGCCCGUGCUCAUCCCCAAGGAGGAUAGUCUGCUGUAUGCAGGCAGCGUCAGGACUCUGCAGCCCCCGGACAUCUACAGCAUCGUCAUCGAGGGUGAGAGAGGCAACCGGCAGAGGAUCUACUCGCUGGAGCAGCUGCUGCAGGAGGCGGUUCUCGAUGUCCGGCCGCAAUCUAGCCAGUAUCUUCCUCCUGGCACGAGGGUCUGCGCCUACUGGAGCCAGAAAUCCCGUUGCCUGUACCCAGGCAAUGUGGUCCGAGGCGCCUCCAGUGAUGAGGAGGAGGACCUGGACUCAGUGGUGGUGGAGUUUGACGAUGGGGACACCGGCCACAUCGCCGUCUCCAACAUCAGGCUGCUGCCUCCGGACUUCAAGAUCCAAUGCACAGAGCCCUCGCCAGCCCUGCUGGUGUCCAGCAGCUGCCGGAGGACCAAGAAAGCUUCCUGCGAGGCCCCCCCACCCAGUGAGGCCACUGCCCCUAGCCUGUCCUCUAAGGUGCAUGACAGCCCGGAAGCCUCAAAGACCCCUGGGAAGAAAUCCAUCAGCAAAGACAAAGCUGGCAAAGCGGAGCUCCUACCCUCAGGUGCCAAGCCCUCCUCAGGGGCCUCAGACCACUUCCUGGGCCGCCGGGGCAGCCCGCUGCUGAGCUGGUCAGCAGUGGCGCAGACCAAGCGGAAGGCGGUGGCCGCGGCGACGGCGGGUGGCAAGGGGCCGGGCGUGCUGCAGAACCUCUUCCAGCUCAACGGCAGCGCCAAGAAGCUGCGGGCCCGCGAGGCGCUGUUGCCCGUGCACAGCGUGGCUGCGCCUGUGUUCGGCAACGGCUUCCGCGCCGACUCAUUCAGCAGCCUGGCCAGCUCCUACGCGCCCUUCGUCGGCGGGGCUGGCCCGGGCCUGUCCGGGGGCACCCACAAGCUGCUGCGGGCCAAGAAGGCCGAGCGGGCCGAGGCUGAGAAGGGCGGGCGGCGGCGGGCAGGCGGCGAGUUCCUGGUCAAGCUGGACCACGAGGGCGUGACCUCCCCCAAGAACAAGAACUGCAAGUCGCUGCUCAUGGGCGACAAGGACCUCGGGCCCAAGCUGGGGCGGCCCCUGCCCAACCCCAGCUACACACACCCGGCCCUCGUGGGCAAGGACAGGAAGGGCCGGGCACCCGUCCACCCACUGCCCAUGGGGCUGGCGCUACGAAAAUUCACAGGCCAGGCUGAGUACCCGCUGCCCUGCGACAGUGACUGCCACAGCUCCUACUCAGACGAGGAGGAGGAUGGGCCCGGGCUGGCCCCCAGCGUGCCCUCCCGCUUCCUCGCCCGCCUGUCCGUGUCCUCCUCCUCCUCGGGCUCGUCCACCUCCUCCUCCUCCGGCUCCCUGUCCACCUCCAGCCUCUGCUCCUCGGACGAUGAGGGCUCCUCCUACAGCUCAGAUGACGAGGACCCGGCCCUGCUGCUGCAGACAUGCCUCACCCACCCGGUGCCCACCCUCCUGGCCCAGCCCGAGGCCCUGCGCUCCAAGGGAGGCGGCCCGCACACGCACGCCCAGCGCUGCUUCCUGUCCAGGGCUGCAGUGGCCGGCGGGGGCACGGGCCCCAGCGGCAGCAAAUCCAAGCUGAAGCGUAAGGAGGCCAUGAGCUUCUCCAAAGCCAAAGAGCUGUCCCGGAGGCAGCGGCUGCCUUCCGUGGAGAACCGUCCAAAGAUCUCCGCCUUCCUGCCCGCCCGGCAGCUCUGGAAGUGGUCGGGGAACCCCACACAGAGGCGCGGCAUGAAGGGGAAGGCCAGAAAGCUGUUCUACAAGGCCAUCGUCCGGGGCAAGGAGACGCUGCGCAUCGGAGACUGUGCCGUCUUCCUGUCGGCCGGGCGGCCCAACCUGCCCUACAUCGGCCGCAUCGAGAGCAUGUGGGAGUCGUGGGGCAGCAACAUGGUGGUGAAGGUCAAGUGGUUCUACCACCCAGAGGAGACCAAGCUGGGGAAGCGGCAGAGCGACGGGAAGAACGCACUGUACCAGUCCUGCCACGAGGACGAGAAUGACGUGCAGACCAUCUCCCACAAGUGCCAGGUCGUGGGGCGUGAGCAGUACGAGCGGAUGACGCGGAGCCGCAAGUACCAGGACCGGCGGGACCUCUACUACCUGGCGGGCACCUACGACCCCACCACGGGACGCCUGGUGACAGCUGACGGCGUGCCCAUCUUGUGCUGAGCCUGCACCUGACUGGCCCGCAGAGGCCCUGCGCGCCCAGUGAUGCCCAGGGCGCGGAGCCACGAGGACGCUGGACUGGCGGCCACGAGCCCCGCACGCCUGAGGGGCGAGUCUGAGCAAAUAUGCAAACCCACCAGGCAAGAUCCAGGCUUUUUUAUUAUUUUCCCUGGAAAGAGAGCUCCUGGGCCUCGGAACCCAGUCCCAUCCUGUCUGCUGCAGAGGGUCGGCUGUGUCCCACCAGCCAGCCACUCUCUCUUUUCCCGCACCGGCAGUUCAUGAGAGAUUAGAAUCCAAGCCAUAUUUUCCCUAGUACCUCCGACUGUCUCCCACCAGGGAAAGCAGAAAUCAGGUGUGUUGUCUAUUUAUUUCUCUAUGUAAAUACUGUAUUUCUGCGGGGAAGUUUUGUGGAAAAGGAAUUUUUUCCCCACACGUGUGACGAGGAUGUGUGUGCGUGUGUGUGUAUGUGUGUGUAUGUAGAGAUUUUGUUCUGGGGGGUUUUCUUUGAAAAUGCACUGUUUUUCUCAGCCUAGCUGAGUUCCCACUGGGGAGUCUGUGAUGACAGAGGCAGCUGGGAGGGGGCAGGGGCUGGAGGCCACAGGUGGGGUCGAAUGGGACCCUCGGUUACACCUGCUGAUCUCUUGGGGGGACUGUGUAAGAUGGAAGUCACACGAGUUUAUUUCCUUUUAACUCAUCUCCUAGGAACAAAAGUAUUGGGGGGAGAUUCAUUGAUGAGGGUCCCUCGGGGAGAGAAGGGAUUCCACAAGCUAAAAUGAAAGCCAGGAUCAGCUGGUCCCCCCAGCCCGCGAGUGUGACAGCAGCCAUACGUAUCUUACCUCUGUUAAAAAAAAAACAAAAAUGAACAAAUAUUUUAAAGUAUUGAUAUGAAAAAGUGAUGUUUUGAUUUUAUUUCCUGAAUAGUCCAAGUUAUUGCUGAUUUCCGUUUCGAUUGCCAGUUUGUCCAGCCUCCACUCAGAGCAGGGAAGGGACUGGCCCCUGCCAACACACGUGGAGGUUUCUGGGCCUUGUCUCUGGCCCCUUGGCAGGGCAGAUGGCUUGGCAGGCUAGUGCUUGGAGUGUGGAGCAAGGGUCCCUCCUGCCCGCCCGAGCCCACACCCUGGCCCUGAGUGGAGGGAGCUCCCCUCUGCCCAGUGAUCUGGGCACUGUGGUGCUGGGUGGGUGUCCCAGACCCUCAGCACCACCCCAGGAACCCCAGAGAACAUGUCACCCUUCACUUUUCCCACGGCCAAGAAGGACAGAUAGGGCAAGCUAGACCUGUGGCCCCACAACCCUUGUCCCCAAAACCCACCAAGGGCCAUGUGCUCCCGUGUCGCACCACACCAGGGCUCCCCUGGCCCCACCGGGAGCCCCAGGAAAGCCCCCCAAGCUAGCCACUGCUCUUUAGGACAAGUUUUUGUGUGACCUACAGCCCUACAGCCCAGGUCCCCGGGAAACAAGGCAUGGCGGUGGGUGCUGGCACCCCAACCUGGGCCCUCUCGGCCCCUCUUUCUUUCAGACCAGGAAACCAUCCUGGCCCUACCUGGAGGGUAUUCCUCCAGCUCCUGGCGGCUCCAUGGGAAGUGCAGGGACAAGGAGGGGCCCCCCCCGAACCCCAGCUUGCCCUUGCUACCCAACCCUCCCCUUUGUCUCCACCGAGUGCAAUAUUUCAUUCCUGGUGGCAUCAUCCUGGUGGUGUCCAGUGGCUGAGGGGCUGUCCGCGGCCGGGGAAGCAGGAAGAUGCUGAAUGGAGAAGCCGUGCACCACUCCACGUGGGGACAGCCCAGCUGCGGAAAUGGAACCCAGGCAAAGGGAGGUGCCCUUCUUGCGGGUUCCUGCCCCUCCUGCAGGUUUCCUCUGUCCUGCCCUCUUCUCGUCCCUCCUGCGUCUGUGCGUGUGGACGGUGCAGCCCCUCCCCUGAGCCGUAGUUAUACCUGGCAGAAGCUCCGCUAUUGUAAAUGUGUAAAACUAAGAGGAUGCUGGGGUUUUUUUUUUCAAUGUAAACACUAAAAUCAAACAAAAAAAACACAAAGGUUUUAUGAACAGCAAACUCUAUGUAAAGGCAUUUUAGUAUUAAAUUUUUUAUUGAUAACUUGCUUAAGAAUAAAUAUAUGAACUAUUGUACAGUU